AUGGACUCAGCUGUUCGCCGCCCCGCGGGGCUCCACGUGCCCCCCGCCCCGCUGAGCCCUGAGAGCGGCUCCAAACCUCUGGCUUUCUCCAUCGAGCGGAUCAUGGCUCUGCCUGAGCCGCGGCCCCUGGCUUUGCCGGGCUGGCUGCAGCCCCCCGCGGGGGUCGUGCCGCUGCUGCCGCUGCACUACGAGCCUCAGCGCCUGUUGCUGGACUCCGGGCCCGAGCUGCUGGGACUAGGACUGAACUACCGCGCACCUGAGGACCACGCACCGGCUCAAGGACAUUAUAAACUUUUCCGUCCACGCGUCGUGACGCAGGGCACGUUCCCGGCGGUGGGCACCGUGUACGUGAACUGUGGGGACAGCGGCGCGUGCCCCGCGCCCACCGGACUCCUCAACCUGCACGUGCCCAUGGCCUCGUACCUGCUGUCCGCGCGGCACAAGGCGCUGCUGGCGGAAAAAGCCCCGGAGCCGCGCUUCUCCACCGGGCACACACACGUACACGCACACGCACACGUGCAGCACUACGUGAAGGAGCGGGAGCGGGAGCAGCUGCUCACAGACGGCCUGUUCAAGAGCUCCUCUGGCCCGCGGCUCAGCAGCGCGUGUGCCGCAGGGAACAAGCCCAAAGUGUUCACAUGUGAAGUCUGCGGCAAGGUGUUCAAUGCGCACUACAACCUGACCCGCCACAUGCCCGUGCACACCGGCGCGCGGCCUUUCGUCUGCAAAGUCUGCGGCAAAGGCUUCCGUCAGGCCAGCACGCUCUGCCGACACAAGAUCAUCCAUACUCAGGAAAAGCCUCACAAGUGUAACCAGUGCGGGAAGGCGUUCAACCGCAGCUCCACGCUCAACACGCACACGCGGAUCCACGCAGGAUACAAGCCGUUCGUCUGCGAGUUCUGCGGCAAAGGCUUCCACCAGAAAGGCAACUACAAGAACCACAAGCUGACGCACAGCGGAGAGAAACAGUUCAAGUGCUCCAUCUGCAGCAAAGCCUUCCACCAGGUGUACAACCUCACCUUCCACAUGCACACGCACAACGACAAGAAGCCCUUCACCUGCCCCACCUGCGGGAAGGGCUUCUGCCGGAACUUUGACCUCAAGAAGCACGUCCGCAAACUGCACGACCCGGCGGGGGGCCAGUCGCCGUCUGACUGA